UCGAAGGAGGGAGCUCAAAAUCUCGAAAGUGCAGCUAGCUCAGGGCUUUCGUGUCGCGCGACGUUUAGUCUGUCGCGGUGUCCCGAUCUAAUGUAAACCGGCAACCUUAAUUCCGAUUUCUCUAACGCUUUCUACUCCGUGAUUCCCCCUCUCGGAUUUUGUCGCGGCAGAGAAGCGAGAAUUAUAUAUCUCUCCGCAACGAAACUCUCGUGUGUAAAUGGUAUUCUUACGUUAUUCCUUUUUCCUUCUUGCGAUCCAAAAUUGGCCAGAUAAUGUAAGAGAGAGUUGCUUCUGAUGUUAAAAAGGAAAGAAGAAAUUGGAAAAUAUUUCUACAGCUCGCCAUCAAGCCGCUCCGAAAAUAUUCUGUAUGAAGAUUUAGUUUGACAAACAAAUGUGUGUGGGAAGAGAAGAAAGUGCGACGUUCGAUUGGAAAAAUUUAGAAAAAUAUAAAGACAGUUUCUGACAAACGAGAAAUUCGUUGAGAAUUAAUUAAAUAACUACGAGUCAAUUGUUUUGUUCAUAGUAAAAGCGAAGGACACAAUUAUAAAUUGAUUUUAUGAGAAAGGUCUUACUUAUAAUUCUCUUGACAAUACUAACUUCUUAAUAGCACUAUAUAUCAAACUUAUCGUUAAGCUAAAAAAGCAAAGUUCUGAAUUUGAAAGUGGUAAUUCUCUUUCCGAUCAAUUUUACGUCCUACAAGGAUAAAGGCCACGAGAAUUUCUAACAAACUAUAAAGUUUCUCCCCGAGGAAAGAGGAAAAGCGAUCAAAGUGAAACAAGCUUAUAAAUCGUAAAAUAUCAAACUGUUAGUACAGGCAACGAAGAGUAAUGACGAACAUUGCAUGCAUGCAGGGGUAAUCAAUUCCUGUUCAACUGCGUAACAACAUGGAAAAUCCUUGCAGUUGUUACUUAUUUGUUCGAUAAAUAGCAAGAAAUAUCGUUACACGUAAUCCUUUUUGUGAAGUCGGCAUCUUAUUCUCAAAAACAGAAAACUUUGACAGUUCUGAUACACCCGCAAUAGUUCCACUUUUCGAAACGCUUCAAUCCGACGAAGAAAUCGACGAAGCUGAUCGACUUUUCGUAUAGCAGAAGAAACGACGGAAGGGACGUUGAUCCCUUAAUUCUGCAUACAAUCUCCAGAAGGCCAGCCUCGUCGUAUCGGCCGCAUCGUCCUUCGAUAUGCAAGAGAGUCGAUAUGCGUGAAGACGAGAAAACUGAACCACGAGCAGGUCCGACCGAAAUGGCAGUUUCCGAGCGCGCGGAGAAUGGAAAGAGGAACGAUGAGAAAACAUCAGUCACGGAUGAAGUAGCAUAUAUUUCCAAACUUCGACAAGCAGUACCGCAAUGUUGUGCAGUCGGCGCUAAAAAUUUACUCCUACUUACUUUUGGUUCAACCUUGGGAUUCUCAACUAUCCUUAUCCCGGCGUUGCAGAGGGAAGAUGCGGACAUCAAAGUCACGAUGGAGGAAUUAACAUGGAUCAGCAGUUUGAACUUAUUUCUCGUGCCGAUCGGCUGUUUGGCGAGUGGACCGCUAUCGCAGUAUCUGGGCAGGAAACGGACGAUGAUGCUGGCGAAUAUACCAUUUGUGAUGGCCUGGCUGGUGUUUCACUAUUCCAGCAAUCCUGCGAUGUUGCUCGCGGCGCUCGCGAUGACAGGCCUGACGGGCGGCCUCCUCGAGGGCCCGGUUAUAACUUACGUCGCCGAGGUGUCGCAGCCCUACCUGCGUGGAAUGCUCUCCGCGACUUCCUCGAUGGCGGUGAUCCUGGGUGUCUUCACGCAAAUGUUGAGCGGCAGUUUGACUCACUGGAGAACAGUGGCGCUGAUCAAUCUGACUUACCCGAUUCUUUGUUUUAUCGCCCUGUGCUUGGUGCCCGAGAGCCCGCACUGGCUCGCCGUCAAGGGUCGUUUCAAGGAAUCGGAACGCGCUCUCUGUUGGUUGCGGGGCUGGGUAGGCCCAUCGCAUGUGCAAAAUGAAUUUAAUGCGCUCCGCGAGGCGAUUCAGAAGCCGACCGAUAACACCGAUGCCGACAAGGAAAAGAUUUGGCGAGCCUACACCAAACGGACCUUCUGUUUGCCUUUCUUUUUGGUCAGCGCGGGCUUCUUCAUCUCAAACUUCGGUGGCUGCACAACUCUGCAGACUUUCGCCGUCGUGAUAUUCGCGAAACUGAACGCGCCGAUCGACAAGUACACGGCCACGGUGUUCCUGGGCAUCGCUCAGUUAAUCGGCACCAUAAUCUGCGUACUGACGAUCCACCUCAUGGGGAAACGCAGGCUGACUUUCCUGUCGGUCGGCGGUACCGGUUUAUGCUUCCUCGUUACCGCUAUCUAUGGUUAUCUCAACGACAUGGAUUUCUUGGACGGUGUCAGAUACAGCUGGAUACCAACUACUCUCAUGAUAGGCGGAGCUUUCACAGGGAAUCUCUGCAUCAGAACCCUGCCUUGGAUUCUUGCGGGCGAAGUGUUUCCCGUGAAGGUACGCAGCAGCGCAACCGGCGCGGCCGGUAUGAUCGCCUACGUCAUGGCGUCGAUCGCGAACAAAACUUUCCUCUACAUGGUGAACGGCAUGUCAUUAUCCGGCACGUUUUUCUUCUACUCUCUGAUCAAUGCUGCCGGCUUGUGCCUUAUGUACCUGAUAUUACCCGAGACCGAAGGUAGGACCUUGCGAGAAAUCGAGGAGCAUUACGCCGGCAUACAGAGUCUAAAGAAUCGGCCGAAGAAGGAGCAGCAGGCCACCAAGGAACAAUGGGCGGUCGCGAAUCCGGCGAUUGUAUACGAUGAGAAUAUCGAAAGUAAAUUAUAGAAAUUCGGCUCUCUGGUAACUUCAUGAACUAAAUUAUCACGCUGUUAACUAUUGCAUCCGGAAUCUGUUCAUGGAAAAGACUUAUUGCAUGAAAAAUUUUAUAACUGACACAAUCCAACUCAUGAAAGAGAGGUAAUCGAUUGUAAAGAUUUAUUUGAUUGAUGUUCAUCUAUAGUCUGUACAAUGCUGGAGGAACAAGAAUUACCGCAAAUUAAAUGGUUUUUUCCUAAGAAAAUUUCCGGGAAAAGAUUGAAGAACUAGUGAUAUGUUGAAGAAUGUUAGGAAAUAGUAUUUCUAUUUAUUAUUUUAUAUUAUUUAACAGAGACGCGGUUGUCGCAAAGUGGUGCUGACAUCAUCGCUAAUAUUACUGACUAAUCUUUAGAAACGGAGGAACUGAUUUUUGGGUUAUAAACUAGUCUCAGUUUCUUCCCAAAAUAUUACCUUUGCCACUGACACAUACUUAAAUAAAAGAAAUUGAAGAAAUUGAUGAAAAAAAAACUUUCUAAAGAUUAGCAGAAUACUUGACACAGACUUGUCUUGUUGACUUGAAAUUCAUUUCUUCGUUACUGCUUAGGGAAGCUUUUACAUUUUACGACGACUUUCGCAUUUUUUUUAUUGCGAUUGGAUAUAUUUAUGUAGAUUUAAUAAAAACGAAAAUGAGAAUAUACAUAUAACGGGGAGCUGAAUAGAAUUAAGCUUUAAUUGUAUUAGCCAACGCUGUUGCAUAUUAUUAUUCUCUGUGAUAAUUCGAUGAUCUUUAAUACUAAACGUAGAAUAUAUUUUGGUAAAGCGUAAAAGCGCACAUAUAUAUCACUAUCAUAUUUUCAACUCGAAUAUCGCUUAAUAAAUGAUUUAUAAUAUUUAUAUGCACUCGUGUUGAUAAAAAAUCUUGAACAAAAUAAAAAUGUAUUUAUUACAUGUUAAUUUAGUAUUUAGUUCCUUUGUAUAAUCUGUAAAAUAAAAUAAAGAGACUUAUCGACUGUUAUUAAUAACAUUUAAAGGAACAAUCUAUAACAUGUCUUAUAUCAUAAGGAACAUUUGAAUUCUUUCUAUCACUGCUUUUACUUUUUAUUUUUUGACAUGUUUACGAGGCAUGAACUCUCUCUUGAUUUAUAUUUGGAGGGGUAAAAGUCAUAGUGGUGUAAGUCAAAUUUUUUUUAAUUUUUUUU